AUGGUCGAUCAAACUCAAGCAAAAUUGCCUGAUGCGUCCGAACCAGUGAUUAUCGUCGGUGGUGGUUUGGCUGGCUUGAGCGCCACUCUAGCAGCGGUGAAUGAAGGUGCAUCUGUGGUAUUGAUCGAAGGUGAAAAAAGCCUUGGAGGUAAUAGUGCUAAGGCAUCAAGUGGUAUAGCAGCAUGCAAUACUGAAGCACAACGUGUUCGUAAUAUUGUAGAUUCAACUGAUUUAUUUUAUAUGGAUACGAUGACUGCAGGUGAUCGCGAAAAUGAUGCUGCACUUGUUGAUAUUUUGGUGCAUGAAUCAGCGAGUGCGGUACAGUUUCUAAUCAAUCAAGGCGUUGACCUCAGCGAUGUUAAUUUAUGUGGUGGACAUUCUGUCAAACGAGUGCAUUGGAUUCCGUCUCGAAAAAGUGAUAAGCCAGUUGCUGUUGGAUGGGAAAUCAUAAAAGCAUUGUCAGCUAAAAUUAAUAAGAUAGCUGAGGAUAAUCCUGAAAAAGUACGAAUUCUUCUGAAAACCGAAGUGAUUGGCAUGGUAACAUGGAAUGAUUUUAUCACUGGAGUUCGCAUAAAAAGGGAAGGAAGCAAGCAGAUUGAUGAAAUUAAUGGAAAAGCAGUGAUAUUGGCGACAGGUGGAUUUAGUAACGAUCGCUCAAAUGAGGGUUCGCUGCUUUCUGAAUUCGCUCCUGAAAAACUGUCAUUCCCUACUACAAAUGGACCUUGGGCAUCUGGCCGUGGUGUUAAAAUGGCACGUGCGAUGGGAGCGGCUUUGGUUGGUAUGAAUAGAGUGCAGGUGCAUCCAACAUCAUUUAUUGACCCAAGAGAACCAAAUGCGACCACAAAAUUUCUGGCUGCUGAGGCGCUUCGAGGCAAAGGCGCAAUUUUAGUAAAUGAAAAGGGAGAACGUUUCGCAAAUGAAUUGGGGAGGCGCGAUUAUGUCACCGACCGUAUUUUACGUUUUUGCUCUCCUAAUGCAUUAUCUGGUGGAGCACAUGUUGCAUAUAUGUUAAUGAGUGAUCAAAUGGUUGAUGAUUUUGGACGACCAUCUUUUAAUUUUUAUGCAAAUGUUAAGGGUCUUUUUAAGAAAUUUGAAAACGUUGUUGACUUGGCUAGUAAUAUGGAAAUUGAUGAAAGGAAAUUGAGGCAGACUCUUAUAGAUUAUAAUUCUUAUGUGGGUAAAGAUUUAAAGGAUUCCUUUGAAAAAACAGUUUUUCCUACAGUGAUUGAUCCUGAUUUACCAAUUUAUAUGGCUCUCAUAACACCCGCAAUACAUUAUACGAUGGGUGGUCUUAAAAUUGACAAGCAGGCAUUUGUUUUCAAUGAAUUUUCCGAAAAGCCUUUCAAGGGAUUAUUAGCGGCUGGUGAAGUAACAGGUGGUGUGCAUGGUUCUAAUAGAUUAGCUGGAAAUUCGCUGUUAGAAUGCGUUGUAUUUGGCCGAAUUGCUGGUCGAAGCGCUUCACAAAUACGGUAUACACCCGAUAUGGCCUUUCCACGCGCAGAACUUUGA